CCGGCCGUGACUGCCAGUCUCAGUCGCACAACCAAUCAGAUAACGCGUUUUUAGUUUUGUUUUUAUUUAGUUUUAAAUAGUUCUAUUUUCAAAAUGUUACUUCGAAUUCGCUAGAAUUGAGUGAUGUGACGACCGUCUUUAAAAUCCUUCUUGCUAUAAUUACUUAUUCAAAAUGAGGUUGUUAAACAAUAGUUUUGUGAAAAUGUUUAAAGUUGUAGUGAUUGUUUUGUUUUUCUCGGCUAAUGUGUGUGUUGAAGGGGCUGGCAUGUAUGAAGGUGACAGCUGCAUCAAAGACGGCGCAGCAGGCACCUGCACGCUGCUAUCCAAGUGCCAAUCCGCCAUCGCAGACCUGCACAACCGGAUACGACCUCAGAAGUGCUCGUUUUCCCCGAGAGAGCCCAUAGUAUGUUGCCUGGGAGCCACUAAACCUGUACUCACCACUGAAAGACCAACCACAACAACCGAGUACAUCCCCAAGCUCCCCGACUACGUGGAAGUGAGCGGGGUGCGCGGGGGGUGCGCGCCGCUCUCCGCCGCCCUCACCGCACAGAGGACGGGGAAGAAGGCUUGGGACAAAUGCCUAGAAUACCAAGAGAAGUUCGUGUACCCCUGCGGCCGCAGCGCCAGCCUGGCGGAGUCGACCACCAGGCUCAACCAGUGCCGGCACAAGACUGACGGGCUCAUCGUCGGAGGCAUCGAUGCGGAGAGAUGGGAGUUUCCGCAUAUGGCUCUGCUGGGCUUCGGGCCGGACCCCGCCAACUGGGUGUGCGCCGGGACCAUCAUCAGCGAACGGUUCAUCGUGACCGCCGGACACUGCACCUACAGCAGGGACUUUUCAAGCAACGUAACGUUCGUCCGUAUCGGCAUGCUGCGCAAGUCGGAGACCCUCGACCUCGCGCGGGUGUACCGGGUCAGCCGGAUACUGAAGCACCCCGAGUAUAAUCCUCCGAAGAAGUACAACGAUCUCGCCUUGCUGGAGACUGAGAAACCAAUGGCGCUAGACCAGUACACAGUCCCAGCAUGCCUGGACGUAGCCGGUGCAGGCGUGGUGCUGGAGCGCGCGCUCGCAUCGGGGUGGGGGCUGACGGAGCAUAAUGGGGCUGAGUCGGAUCUGUUGCAGAAGGUGAUCCUAACGAAGUUCACCGACGAGGAAUGCGAGCGCUUCUACCGGCCCGGCCCCAACACCGACCGCCACUUCAAGCUGGGCUACCAGCCCGCCACGCAGCUGUGUUACGGGGAUAAGGAGACGGCUAAGGAUACUUGCCAGGGCGACAGCGGCGGCCCACUCCAGGUCAAGAACAGACGCAUCAACUGCAUGUACACGCUGGUCGGAGUCACUUCAUUCGGCAAGGGCUGCGGGGUCAUCGGAGCGCCAGCCAUCUAUACCAGGAUCUCACACUAUGUCGACUGGAUCGAGAGGAUCGUUUGGCCUUAAACCAGACUAGUAAUUCAGUCGAGGGUAGUUACUAAUGAGUAAGCGUGCCUUAAGCCGUAAUUUAGUCAUCUCUCCACUAGACUGAUGAAUUGCCAGCUAGAGCGAACAAAAUAAUGGUUGAAGAAACCAUAGUUCAUCAUGCUAUGCUAUGUUCCAGAACCAAUAAAAAUGUAGCAAAUAUUCUACGUAAUAUAUUAUCGCUUAUUAAAUUCACUGUGAUUCCAAUAAUUAAAUCAAUUGGUGAUAGAGGAGAAUCUAAAUUAUUUAUAAGUAUUUAAAAUGGAUGUACUGAAAACGUGAACGUCCGCUUGCUAAAGGAUACUCAAUAUAGAACUACAUUGUAAUUUUAUUAAAUAUUUUAUUUUAUUUAUAAUAAUUUUCAAUCUCCUUUACAUUAAAUAGCGACUACAGAUCAUCAUGAUUUGUUAAAAUAUAAUUGUUAUCUAGUUAAAAUAUAUCAAACUUUCUGUACUUUCGUGUACAAUAGGAGAAAAAUGAAGCAUUUUAAAAUACUUAUUGUAUUUUAUUCGAACUAAUACAUCAACCACACCCUAGUUACUUAGGGGUAGGAAAAUGUUAAUCUUGUAAUUGUAACUUCUUUACAGAUAUCUCCCUUCUUUGAUCAUUAAAUAAGUCUAUAGACAGUGUACUUUUAA